AUGAUGAAAAAUGUACAGAAAAAUAGGCUUUAUAUCAAUUUAUUAUUGAUUGGAAUGGUUAUUAUAGGAACAAUUAAUACGUUAAUAUAUAAAUAUUAAAAUACUACUAUAAUUGAUGGAGUUACAUUUAUACACCCUUACAUGCAAGUAAUCAAAAGAUUUAAUCAUAGGGAUUAUGCAUGUUUAUAGGUGAAUCAAUUUGUUUAGUGUUUUAUGUCCUAUUUAAUAUGAAAGCUGAAUAAGAUCCAAAUAAAUAGACUGGAGGGUUUAAAAGAUUAGCAAUUCCAGCAUUGUUUGAUGUUAUUACAUCAUCUUUGUAGAAUUUCGCUUUGAAUUUUAUUCCAUCAUCUAUUUUUUAAAUGAUUAGAGGAGGAGUAUUAAUAUUACAAACAUCUAGCUUAUGAUAGUAACUGCAGCAUUUUCAAAGUUCGUACUUCAGAAAAAAUUAUCAUUACAAUAAUUAAUUGGAAUUCUUUUGGCUAUUUUAGGUAUAUUCAUUGUUGGAUUAUCCAAUUUUAUAUUUAGAGAAUAAAAAAAAAGUGAUUUUAGUUGGGAAAUCAAACUAAUUUCAAUUUUCUUAAUCAUUUUAUCUUUAUUUACUUAAGCCAUUUCAUAUAUUUAUGAAGAAAAGCUAUUUUAAUAAUUCAACUAUCAUGUAUUCUACGUUGUUGGUAUGGAAGGAAUAUGGGGAUUAUUAACUUUUGGAAUAUUGAUACCAAUUCUAAAUUUUCUUCCUUGUAAUUUUCAUGAUGGAUGUGUAUUUAGAAAUAAUAAAGGCUAUUUUGAAAGCACUGAUCUAUUUUUUUAAUAAUUAGGAAGUGAUCUUUGGUUAACAUUGUCUGUAAUCUUGGGUAUUUUUAGCAUUUCAUUAUAUAAUAUAUUUGGUGUUAAUGUCACUAAGCAUGCUUCAUCCUUAACUAGAAGUGUUGUAGAUACAAUUAGAAUAAUUUUUAUUUGGGCUAUUGGACUUAUAGUCACUGCUACUACUUCUAGAGUUUGGGAAAACACAUCAUAUUUGGCUAAUUUAAUAGAAUUAAUUGGAUUUGCUAUUUUAGUCAUAGGAAAUCUAAUUUAUAAAGAAAUUCUUAUUAUUAAAUAUCUUUAAUCUAAGAAUUAAGUUUUACUUGUAGAAAAAUGA